AUGAGAAAACUGAAAUGUGAUCCUCGUUGGGUGGCGAUUCAAACUGCACUUGUCAUCUUCUCCCUUUCUUCGCCAUCCUCGUCCAAGUCCCUCCUGGGGAAAGGUAACCCCCAACUUCAGGCUGCAUCCCGGCGGAUGGAUGACGCGUUGCACCCAGGUCCUGGGCUGCCCGGAGACCUCGUAGGGUCAGCAGCGAGCCGAGGGCGACGAGAGCCCGAAGAGAUGGGCGAGGACAGGAUUUUACCAUCCAUGUACCGCUGUACGAGGGUGUCCAGGCUCGUCUCGGUGGGAUUCGAUGGCGAUAAGAUGCGGAUUUUCCAGAAUCUGUCAUUCUCGGUCCAGGUGAGGAGAUCCUGCAGCGAGAAGAAAGCUUGCAUUGCAUCCAAGGAAAGAGUAGAGAAUUAUUACGUGUUGGGUGGGCCGGUGAAUGUAACAGUCAUCGAACAAUGCGGAUGCUUGAAAAAGAAGCAUCGAUGUCGAAGGAUCCCAAAACUCAUGACCUACUUUUCCGGAUCUCCGUUCGAAGAGACCCUGGACAUCGGCACGUGCAUCGGUCAAUGCUCCCAUCAAGGAUGGACGUGCCACGCCACCAAGACGAGGUCAGUUUUCGUCCGAGGUCCGAACGGUUCGAAUUCGGUGGAAAUCGUAGAUGGAUGUGAGUGCGUGGGCAGUUGCUACCGCGUGGCGCAUUUUGAUGCCGUUUACCAUCACCCUCCUCUCAACGGCAGCCAGAUCGUUCAGGACAAAGAAUUCAAGUUGAUCGAUGUCGGGAGAUGUGUCGGAGAAUGCCCGAAAGGAGGGAAAGUCCUCGAUUGCUUCGCAAGGGAUAAGUUGAGCGGAUCUUGCCUAUUCAACUUGGAGAGAUCGAGCACGAGGAAGUGCGGGCCAAAGGCAUACCAGGCUCAUUAUUACGUGGAUGAUCAGGGAAAGAAUCGAACUCUCCUCGCCAUCCAGGAUUGUCAUUGCGGUUGACGAAGACAGGAGCAGCGAAGGGACUUUUUUAUUUCCAGCAAAAAGCCCAUGCUUCCCAAGCUAGUCGAUUUUUUCUCCCCGCAGACCCACGCUAACUCUGUCGGAUCGUUUAUGGGAAGAACAAUACUGAUCAUAUUUUCUUGAUUGCGAAUCGAUCUCCAUCUGUGUACCUGGUGCUAGACUGAAACAUUAUUGAAGAGGAGGAGCGACUGCAUGUACAUGUAUAUGUUUUGGAGAAUAAAAGAAAAG